CGUUGAGUAUUUUAGUUGCUCUUUUUGAAAGUAAGUCCAAAAACAAAACAUUUUAUUAUCAACUGCAUUCUUGCAUCACACUUGUGUGACGGAAAAAAAAUGUUUUUCCGUCGCGUAUUUUCCCGUAAAAGUUCAUCGUCAGUAGACAGUGAUCAUCGUAUUAUACCAAAUCAAAAUCAUAAUAACAAUAAUGCCGAUGCAUCAACCAUUACCGUGCCCAUAUCACCGCAUCGAUUGCAACGAAAACAAAUCAAGUUGAAUGAAGGAUUUUCCGUUCUGCAAUUAACUCCACUUUGGGAGCACAUAAUUCGAACCAAAUCACUUCCAUCGAAUAUAAACGAAACCGAAAUGUUUUUAGAAUUUUUGGAACGAUUGUAUGACCCUGAGUGGCAGGUUCGCCAACAUGCACUGAAAGUACUUGUGGACGUUUUAAUUGUAAUGAGCCAGCGGGCUGAUCAAUAUUUCAGUCCGUUGAUUAAGCCACUUGUUGAGAAUCUAGGCCAUGGUGCUCCUGCAGUGCAAAAGGGUGCACUUGAUUGUCUGAAAGUGUAUAUGUCUGAAACGGCGAUGCCGGAAACCGUUUUAUUGGAGAUUAUUGGUGUUGGUAUGGAACAAAAAUUGAUGAAUUCAGCUGCAUUCGGACGGCAAUGCAUCGCUGUUAUGCUGUCACUUCCGUCGCUGAUUCAAACUCAACUUUUAAAUAAAUCAAAACGCAGUUUCGUUAUCAAAGCUGCCAUUGAUGCUUUGACCGUAAAAAUGGCACAGGUCACAUAUCAAGAAACGGCCCUAAAAGUCCUAUUAAGAAUCCGGCAAAUGAUUGGAUCUCGUGAAUUCGCUGAGCAUAUUGCUCACGGCGACCAUCGAGAAUUCGAACUAUUAUGCAAUGUUUAUGGUCUGCCAGAUUAUCUUCCAACUCGAGAUUCGCGAAACGAUCUGUAUGACGCAAGCGAUUCGAUAAAAUAUUCAGCAUGGCAAGUUCUCAGUCCUGACUUCAACACUAACAGUAAUAUGCGACCAUCGGAAGUGUGCUGGAAGUCAACAACAGAGGAUGAGGCCGACGAGUCUGAUAUGUCAACCGAUCCGAUUGCCAAGUCGAUGUAUUUGAGAAAGGCUAACUCCUGUCCGAAUGUUUUUCCCAACUCUGACUCAAGUGAAAAGGUUAUAAUGGAAACGGAAAUUAACAUUGAAAAUACCCCGGUCACCAUGAGAAUCCUAGAGGAAAAAUCUUACGACGAUGAUAAUAAUGCUUGCCGGACAUCGGUGUACGAGCACAGUGGAAUAAUUCGCGUUUUGACUGAUAGUGAAUUAGAUGAAAUGAACAAUGGUGAAUAUUACACACGAGGUAGAACUCCAAGACGAGUAACAUUCGGAGGUGAAUCUGUAAAACUGCGAACGCCAGAUAGUGAUAGUGUGGCCCAAAGUGAUAGUGAUGCUAAGUCAAGGAGUAGAUCGCUAGAAUCAAGCACAGUAUCGGUAGCAGAUAUACUUCACAUCGAUAUACCAAUGGAUAAUACCAAAGAGUUGUCACCGCAACGAUCUAAAAGCGCUGGCAUAGCUAGAAGUGAUAGUGUAUCGCCGAAUUCUGUAUCACCAGUGGAACGUGCUAAAUCGGCUCGACCAAGGCGUUUCAGUCCUGCUCAUAGUAUCGUUUCGCCCAUUCCACCGCAUAAGCAAAUUGAAGUGUUACACAAUUUACAAAGAAGUCCUCUAAUAUCACCGGACAGAAACCGAAGAAGCUCGUCCGCCGGUGACGAGAAAAUUAGUGAUGACAAGAAUUUUAAUGAAAGGGAGCAUGUGUCACAAACUGCCUCCCAACAAGAGACUGUUAGAUCAAGUGCUCAGUUGCCGAAAAAGAGUUGGGAAGAUUUAGAUCUGAUUGACGCGGAUGCCGUUACAAAUUUAAAGAGUGGGGAUUGGUGACUUCGUUCAAGUGCAAUAUGUCAAAUCGAAGAAGCUCUGAAAUCGACUGAAAACCUAGCAUUGGUACAACCAUAUUUGGAUUCUUUACUGAGAACCUUACUUUCAGCAGAUGACAAAAAUGUAUUGGAAGAUAAGUGUCGGGUGCUAGUGAAUCUAAUAUCAAGACUUCCGUUAGAUAAUCUAGAAGAUCGAACCGAUCAAAUAAUUGUGGGGCUAUGUAGACAAGGAGGAGCUGGCAGUAAUCACAUAGCAAAGUCCUUGCUGCAACGCCUUCCUCCGACAGUUGUUGUGCAUAAAUUACUAUCCGAAGAGUUUUUGAGCACUCGUAGCGCUAGGUUUCGAGAAAAUGCACUCCAAAUCGUGCUGUUCGCUCUGAUGACAUUCCCGAGUACAUGUUUCGAUAUACCAAUGUGUGUUGGCCGUGCAGUACAAGCAGCCUUGGAUAGAAAGCGACGUGUUCGUCAAGCCGCUUUGGAUGUGCUGGCCGUACUAGGACAAAUUAGUUCACCAAAAAAUGUUCUGGACAUUGUGCAUCAGAACUCGGCGAAUCGCGAGGACAGUGAACGAUUGUUGAGUGCUGUGAAGGCUCGACUAGCCCGUAAACAAUUGCCAAUAAUAAGUCCGAAUGGCAGUGUUCAGUACGCACUUCGAAUUCCGUCACCUGAUGCGAACACUGUCACAUAUCUAUUUGGUGCUGAUAUUGAAUGGAUUAAUGCGGGUGUUGGAUUCGUAUCGCCGUUGGCAUUGAAGCGACAUUCUACUAGACUUCAACGGCCACACAAAUAUUUGGGAUACGACAAAAAUGGCGUUGUGGAGGACAUAACAAAACAACAACGACACAAAGCACCGCAUGAAAUAUUAGCGGUUGGGGUGGGAGUUAAACCGCCCUACGACUAUAACAGCAACGUUAUUGGAAACAUUGGUGGUUACACGAAAGUUACAGCAGCGGAUGACGACAAAAAUACGCAUUUUGUUAUCGCUACUUCAGUUCCAUCGAACUCUGUACCGGUUAACUUCAAUGGAACCAACAAAGUGAAAUUUCAGGCUAAACCAUUUCCGGAACAAUUAAACGCAACAUUAAGUGAUAAUAGAGAUACGAUGCGAGAAUAUUUAGAUAGUUACAACGGAAAUAGAGCGUCGAAGCUGCCGGUCACUUCGAGAUUUCCAGCAAUGGAAAACCAUUAUGAAGCAAGACAGGCUAAGACAACGAUUAAAAAUCAUUCGUACAGCAAUAGCUAUGCAUUGAGAAAUGGUUCUAAUCGAUACGUGUACACCAAUAGUUCUUCUCAAGAAUCUCCGAGCGAUCAGAGUUCUAAUGAUGAGUACAGAUCACGUGCAUAUUCGACGUCGAGUCCACCAAAUCGUCAGCGAUUCGCCAAUGUAAACAAAUAUUUAUCGAAAAAGGCGAACGAACACAUUAAAAGCGAAGACGCUGCUUUCAACAGAGUACAACAAAUUUCUACAGUCUCUUCACCCUCUAUCGACAGAACAAGUUCAACAGUACUACUAACUAGCGCUGAGGACGCCGAAGAUAGAAUUGUUUAUGAAUAUUCCAGUGUCGGAGAUUUAAUUUCAAAUGAAAAUCGCUUCAGUGCACAUUCCAAAUCGUCAUCCAAGCGGUCGGUGGAUGAAAACAAAAGCAAUGUGACGAAUUUGAGCGUUCACUCAAAUUCUCCUUCUCAGAAGUCAAUCAAUGAAAACGUUCUGGACACAAGUUCACAAGUGACGGUCGUUGCUGUUGAUGAAAAGAUCGAAAAUGUUGUGUCCGCCUCAAGACCAAUAUCUGUUUCAUCCGUGGCGACAACAAAGAGUCUCUACGAUGAUUACGACGGGAGACCGGCUACGAGUUUAGCAAAAUCAAAUGCGUCAUCCGCGUCGACAACUCUCCGUGAAAGCAGAUCGAGAACAUCUUUGUUGGCAGAGGAAGUGGACAGACCUAUUUCAGUAAGAUCAAGACCUGCGUCUCACGUUGAAGAAAUUCAACAGGAAAACGAUCAGAUUUCGGAAGAUGAAAUGUCAGUGGUACAAGAAAAUCGUGAAAUUGACGUAGAAAAUGAAGAUCAAAAUAAUGUUGUACAGCUGCAAUGUCACAGUGCUGAUGGACAAGGCGAUAUAGUUACUGUUGCAGAUACUGAAGACGACAGUGCAGAAGUAACUGCCAUCAAUCCUGAAGUGGCUGCCAUCAGCGCUGAAGUAACUGCCGUCAAUGCAGAAGUCUCUACUAUCGACGCAGAAGUUUCUACUAUCAAUGCACAGCCCGCUACUUCUGAUAAUGAAUCGAAUUUUACUGCUGAAGUAGUUGACGAAGUAGACUUUGUUAAGGAACGCAGUGACGAGCAAACAACCACAUCUACAGUCUCAUCAGUUCAAAAUUUUAGUGUUCGACAGCCGGUUCGAUUUAGAAAGCGAAAGGUUUCACCAACGAAACCACCAGCUCAACUUACCUCUAGACAAAAACCUAAAGAUCAACACGUCUCGUGCCUGCAGCAAUUGGACAGUACGAAUUGGGAUCAGAUAAUGCUGGGGCUGCAGUCGUUCGUGAAUUUAAUGCGAAACAAUCCCGAACAAAUUGAGCCACAAUUGCAUCAGUAUUGUCUUGCGCUGAGUAAAAAUAUAAAAAAUUUACGAUCACAAGUAUCUCGGGCCUCUUGUCAAGCAGCUGGUGAAUUUUUCGAAUCGCAUGCAAAAUUACUGGAACAAGAGGCGGAUGACCUUGCAUUGGCAUUGCUAAAUCGAUCGGCUGACACCAACAAAUUCUUACGAUCCGAUGCAACGAAGGCGCUGAAAAUUAUGUGUGAAAUGUUACCCGUUCCGAAGGUGAUACAAAUUGUAACGACAAAAGGGGCUACUCAUCAGAAUGCAGUAGUUAGAACCGCUUCCGCUAAUCUGUGCAAUCAAAUUAUCGAACGAUGUGGAGUCGAUAAGAUAUUCUCAAUGAAUCGUGAACUUCGUGAUAAAUUGUUAUUGACUGGUGCUAAUUUACUUCUGGAGGGAAGUUUGGAUACGAGAAAUCAUGCGAAAAUGUUUUUCAAGCAGUUGUCGUACCAUCCAUCUUACCACAAAACUUUACUGGAUGUCAUUCCACCCAGAACCUACAGAAACAUAGCAAAAACUCUGAAAAACAUCAAAUAAGAAUCGAUUUUUUGAUGUGAACUACGGAAUUGUUAUUUAUUACUGGAAAUUAAUGAUUUUGGAAAGAAUUUGGUUAACGUUAAAAAUCUUAUUUUUAUGCGUAUGUUGAAAUUGUAAGAUCUGUUUUGCGAUUUGCGGUUACUGUGUAAGUUUAUUUGAUUAAAAAAAAAAAACAAUUUAUUGUGAGAAAAUGAAUAUUUUGAAAUUAAGAAUCGAUUGUUG